AUCAGGCGCAAGAAGAAUGUCAAGAAGGGUAUCCAGUUCUGCAUCAUGGUCUGCGGUGCAUCCGGCACUGAGCGUCCUGUCUGGUGUCGAGCAAGACGACCCCGUCAACGCACAUAUCGAAGGCGGUGUUCAAAUAAAGCCCGUCACCGUUGGUACGAUUCAAAAUGUCCCUUGUCGCCACUGCCGUCGUGCUCAUAGUCGUCUGCANGAGCUCGAACUCGAUGAGGAGGGUACCCGUAUCUCGCUGACCGUUGUCGAUACUCCUGGAUUCGGUGACCAAGUCGACAAUGAAUCAAGCUUUGGCGAAAUCGUCGGCUACCUCGAGCGCCAGUACGACGACAUUCUCGCCGAAGAGUCCCGUAUCAAGCGUAACCCCCGAUUCCGCGACAACCGUGUUCACGUCUUGCUCUACUUCAUCACACCCACUGGUCACNNGGGUAUGCACAUUCACAUUGUUGCCCACCUCGCUGAUCGUUUC